AUGCGAAGUCCUUGUAUUUUGCGUCUUCUGUCUUUGGCGGGCAUAGUGCUGGCUAGCCCUUCCCAUCUGGAUAUCGUUCUGAACACAGGGACGUUUCGCGGGGUCACUACUACUAACGGUACAGAGAAAUGGCUUGGGAUACCCUAUGCUCAAUCUCCGGUCGGAAAUUUGCGCUUCAAGGCUCCUUUGGCUAUCCAGCAGCCGUUCCGGACUUUACAAGAAGCAUCGACAUUCGGUGAUGCAUGCCCACAACCUCCAAGCGAUGACCUUGGUGCCUCGAUGAGCGAGGAUUGUCUCGUACUCAACGUCUACCGUCCCAAUGGCACAAGCGCCGAUGCCAAACUGCCGGUAUUGGUUUGGCUUCAUGGAGGUUUUUAUAUGAUUGGAUCGUCCUCUAACCCUUCGACGGAUCCGACGAGAAUCAUUAACCGUAGUGUCGCGAUAGGGAAACCUAUAAUAUUUGUUUCUUUAAAUUACCGCCUCAAUACCUUUGGCUUCCUUGCAAGCGCUCAUGUUGACCCUGAAGAUCUUAAUGCUGGAUUGUUGGACCAACGGGCUGCAUUUGAAUUUAUUCAAACCAACAUCGCUCCGUUUGGAGGUGAUCCGUCCAAAGUUACUAUUUGGGGUCAAUCUGCGGGUGCCGGCAGUGUCCAUGCACAUGUUCUAUACCCUUCAUCCCAAGAUCUGUUUCGUGCCGCUAUCAUGGACUCUGACACGGGCCCCUUCAAAAGCUCGCCAAAUGCAAGCGUCUAUGAUGAGCCUGGCAAACCCUUCGCCUUAUUAACAGCCGCAGUUGACUGCCCGGCUGAUAACACCUCAUUUACGUGCCUGCAAAGAGUUUCGUUCCAGACUCUUCUGAAUGCUAGCAAUACUUUUGUUCUAGGAACCUUGAACGAUCAAUUCUGGGAGCCUGCCAUUGGACCGGCUGGGAGCUUUGCCACAGAAAGAGAGUCGACAAAGAUUGAGCGAGGCGACUUCUUGCACAUACCGCUCAUUGCUGGAACAAAUUUAAAUGAGGGGUCGAUAUUCAGCGAGACUCUUAUCGGCUUGAAUCUAACCGGCGAAGCUGAAGAUAAUGCUUUGCAGCGGUUUGUCUUAGACACACUAGUCGAUGAUUCUCCUGUCACCACGGAUCUCCUUGACGCGAUCGUGGCUCUGUACCCCGCCAAUGACUCUAGUCUUGGUGCACCUUUCAACACGGGCGACUCUCUUUUUGACAGGGGGUCUGCAUGGUACGGCGACAAUAUGUUCUUGUCGUCGAGGAGGCGCUUUUCCGAAGCCGCUGCCCCAUUGCAGCCCGCGUUUGCUUAUUUCUUCUCGGAGUUUAUCCCUGGCAAUAGCCCGUUCUUAGGAGUUUCUCAUGCAUCUGAGCUUGCAUUGCUUUUUGGGCCCGUUCCAGAUGCGGUUGAACUUGACUUCGCCAACACAUACUUGGACUUCUAUCUGAACUUCAUCAACGACCUGAAUCCGGGAUCUGCGUGGCCACAGUUUACUCUUCCGAGCAAGCAGAUCAUGCAGCUCAAACGGGACAAUAUUACAGCUAUCCCUGACGAUUUCAACCUCGAAAGAACUAACUUCCUUAGCAACCAGACGGUUCUUGAUGAGUUCCAGAAAUGA